AUGCUUCCUACUCCGGGACGACGGGCCCAUGAAACGCAGCAAGAACAAGAAACCAGAUCCCAAGGCGACUUCGACCGUGUCGAGAAUGACCUCGCCAUUCAUUCUUCUGUGCAUUUGACACCUUUCUUGGGAAUCGUCGCAUCGCUGCUGGGGAAAAGAAACCCGCUAGCCAACCCCGCGAACCCCGAGGAGCACAGAGUAUGGCUUCUCGAUAACACUGCCUACCGGGCACCUGGCGGCAGAUUCAACAACAAAAAUAUGUCAUGGGAGGUUGAGAUAGUCGCAUGCAUCUUCAUCAAGCGCGGCCGUGAGGAGGUUGGCAAAUUCGUCGCAACCAUUGCGGACGCCAUCGGCCUCGAUGGGGAAUUUGGUCUCAAUAACAAGGUAGUUCGCGAUCGCAUGACUCAACGAGUUCAGCCGUUCGUCGAUUCUAUCGCCCCAGCCCGCUCAAUAAGUUUGGAUAUACCAAUUACGCGCCACAACGUCGUCAAGCGCAAGCUAAAGCCAUCCAACAGUGACGGCAUCAUUUCACAGACAGCCCGGAUGGACGGGGCAGACAUCGGAGAUGGAACCGUCAUCCGUCCUUCCUUAAGACACUGGACCCAUAAGGUAUCUAUGGAUACUGAGUUCGCAUCCCCGACCGGCUGGCUGAUGAUCUCCGAUGUGGACGACACCAUCAAAUACACCCAGACCAGCGACGCUGUUGGUAUCCUGCGCACCACCUUUGCUGAGGAACCACGAGUUAUUGCCGGCAUGCCCCGUCUCUACGAACACAUCGACAAAGAACUCGCACCAACGUGGUUCUACCUCUCCUCCUCACCGUACAAUCUCUACCCCUUCCUCCGAUCUUUCCUCCGCCAAGAGUAUCCCCCCGGAACACUCAUGCUGCGCAACCACUCCUGGAUGGACCUGAGCGGGCUCCUGAAAUCGUUCACGAAGGGGACUCAAGCGUAUAAAGUCGAUCGCAUGGAGAAGCUGUACCGCUGGUUCCCAAAGCGGAGGGUCAUCUGCAUCGGCGACUCGACGCAGAGUGAUCCGGAGGCAUAUGCAGAGAUAUAUCGCAGGCAUAAACAGUGGGUGCGCGCCAUAUAUAUCCGGCGAGUCACUGACGUGGCGAAUAUGGAGGAGAAGAACAAGGAGAAGCGCUUUCUUAAAGCGUUUGAGGGCGUCCCGGAUGAUGUGUGGAGGGUUUUCGAUGAUCCGGUGCACCUCUAUCGAGAGGUCGAUAUGUUGCAGCGGGAGGACUAA